UCCGCCAUGCCACCACGACGCUCCGCCUCUCCCAGCCUACCUGAAGACAGACAAGCCUCUGGCAGCCGAGGCUACCGAGGACGCAGGAACGACGACCGAGAAUAUAGCAGAGAUCACAGAGAUAAAGAGUCCAGGCCAUAUGGGCGCGCUGAUAGAGACAGAGGCAGAGGCAGGGGCGCGGAGGCGGAGAGCUUCAGGGAGAGGCGGGGCGGAGACAGGUAUCGCGACCACCGGGACCGCGACGACGACAACGGACGUGGCCAUUAUUCUCGAAGCAGAGACGACCGCCCAUCGGAGAGGCGCGCGCGCGAGGGCUCGAGUGAACGGAACGGGCGCGGCGGUCCCUCGACGCACCGACGAUCUGCCUCCCCACGGCCCUCGCGUCCGCACUCGUCGCGCCCGCGCUCGCGGUCCCAUUCGCGCUCGGCGGUGCCAGAAGACAAAGAAAAGGAAAAGGAAAAGGACAAGGCGAAGCCGAACUUUGGCGCGUCAGGGCUGCUGGCCGCUGCCACGAACACUGUCAAGAAAACGGACGGUACCUCGACGUUGUUGAAGUACAACGAGCCGCCGGAGGCGCGGAGGCCCGUUGUCGGAUGGAGGCUGUAUGUGUUCAAGGGAAGCGAACAAGUCGACCUCCUCCAUAUACACCGACAGAGUGCGUACCUCAUUGGAAGAGACAAGGCGGUGGCGGACAUCACGAUCGACCACCCUUCUUGCUCGAAACAGCACGCCGUGAUACAGUUCCGGUAUGUGCAAUCAAAGGACGAAUUCGGCGUUUCAAAGGGAGUCGUAAAGCCUUUCGUCAUCGACCUCGAGUCCACGAACGGAACGCAUGUCAACGAUGAAACGAUACCGACCACUAGGUUCUACGAGCUCCAAGCGAGCGACGUGCUGAAGUUCGGGCAAUCUACCCGAGAAUACGUCCUUCUGCAUGAUGAGGCCGCGUGAAAUCGGCCUUCAUCGUCCAAUUAGACUCGACGCCGCGUUAUAUGUCGAUACCGCCGAUUUGGUCCCAUCUUGAUGCCAUCGUACCGCCUCCAGGCAGGAUCCGUGAGCGACAGUCGUGAAGGAGCGUGAAGGGCGCGUGCAGGGACCGCUUUUGUCCGCCUAAUAUGGACAACGUCAACUGCAGCUCCGAAGCGCUUCUUGACAGGGCGGCCCCUCGUUUCUUUGCUUUGUAGUCGUAUGACAGCUUAGCCGAACACGUUUGCACGCG